UGGCAUGGUGUCGGGGUUUAGACUCCAAGGUUCUCACGAGGACUUGACACUGGAGAACCAUAAAGACAAUCAGACUAACCAAGCUGUCUCAGUCUGAACUCACCCGAAUCCAGGACAAGGCACAAUGUCCACUACGAAAUCUCCGAGGAGGCGGCGAUCCAGAUCCAGGAAGAGAGGGGGGGCCGUGGUGUCCAACCUCAUCCUGAACGCCAUCUCAUACGGGGGCCCGUCGGGCGUGACCCUGGUGGGCCUGAAGCGGGUCCUGAAGGCCAAUGGCUACGACGUGGUCAGGAACAGAACCAGGAUUCGCCUCGCCCUCCGUAGACUGGUGGCCAGGAAAUACAUCGUCCGCACCAGUGGCGCGGGAGGCCGUGGCGCCUUCAGGCUCAACUUCUACCGACGGGGUGGCCGCUACAGAAUGAGGAGGCGGCGGCGCAGGAGGAGAUAUGGAAGGCGCAGGAGGAGGAGAAGGGGGAGGAGGAGGAGGAGGAGGAGGACCCGAAGGAGAAGGGUCAGGAGGAGCCGCUAUAGAAGGAGACGCAGGAGGGCCACCCCUGGAAGGAGAAGGAGAAGGAGGAGAAGAUCUGUCAGGAGAAGACGGAGAUCUGUCAGGAGGAGGAGGAGGAGAAGGUACCCUAGGCGUCGCAGGAGGCUGAGGAGGGUCAGACGCAGGAGGGGCAGGUCCACCCGCAGGUUCCGCAGAAGGAGAAGGAGGAGAAGGAGGCUGAGCAGGAUUUAA